CAGACGAGGGCCGGGCUGCGAGCGCAGGCGAGGACGGCCGGUCCUCCCCGGAGCCUGCAGCAUGCGGCAGGGGAGCGGGGGCUCGGGGAGGCGCUAACCCCCCAGCCCCGCAGCCGGGCUGCACACCUGGCCCCGCGGGUCGAUUCCCUGCCAAGUGCAGCCAGACUCCUGGAAAGCGAAGAGAGGGGCCCUCGGGGGGCGCCCAUCCCCAGAGCCCCGUCCCUCUGCGAACCCCGGAAGAGGCGAGAGGGGAGGGGGGGGGAAGCCCAGGGAGUGGUGAGGGGCCGGAAAACCCCGUCCCCAGACUGGAUCGGGGAGCGUCCGGGAGUCUGGGGCGCUCUGCGCCAUCGUCUUCAAUGCCUGUCUGAACAACCUUUAGGAAGAGUGUGAGAGAAAGAGAGAAAGAGAGAGAGAGAGAGAGGAGAGAGAGCGCGCGCCAGGGAGAGGAGACAAGAAGAUGAGGAUUAUUUGCAGACAAAUUGUCUUGUUAUUUUCUGGAUUUUGGGGACUCGUCAUGGGAGCCUUUCCAAGCAGCGUACAAAUAGGUGGUCUCUUCAUCCGAAACACAGAUCAGGAAUACACGGCUUUUCGAUUAGCAAUUUUUCUUCAUAACACCAGCCCCAAUGCAUCGGAAGCUCCUUUUAAUUUGGUUCCUCACGUGGACAACAUUGAGACAGCCAACAGUUUUGCUGUGACAAAUGCCUUUUGUUCCCAGUAUUCCAGAGGAGUCUUUGCUAUUUUUGGACUCUAUGAUAAGAGGUCAGUGCAUACCCUGACCUCGUUCUGCAGCGCCUUACACAUCUCGCUCAUCACCCCGAGUUUUCCCACGGAGGGGGAGAGCCAGUUUGUGCUGCAGCUGAGGCCUUCGUUGCGAGGGGCCCUCCUGAGUCUGCUGGACCAUUAUGAAUGGAACUGUUUCGUCUUCCUGUACGACACAGACAGAGGGUACUCCAUACUUCAAGCUAUUAUGGAAAAGGCAGGACAAAAUGGUUGGCACGUCAGCGCUAUAUGUGUGGAAAAUUUUAAUGAUGUCAGCUACCGACAGCUUCUAGAAGAACUUGACAGAAGACAAGAGAAGAAAUUUGUGAUAGACUGUGAGAUAGAAAGGCUUCAAAACAUAUUAGAACAGAUAGUGAGUGUUGGAAAGCAUGUUAAAGGCUACCAUUAUAUCAUUGCAAAUUUGGGAUUCAAGGACAUUUCUCUGGAGAGGUUCAUCCAUGGUGGAGCUAAUGUUACAGGAUUCCAGUUGGUAGAUUUUAAUACACCUAUGGUAACCAAGUUGAUGGAUCGCUGGAAGAAACUAGAUCAGAGAGAGUAUCCAGGAUCUGAGACCCCACCAAAGUACACCUCUGCCCUGACCUAUGAUGGAGUCCUGGUAAUGGCUGAGACAUUCCGAAGCCUGAGAAGGCAGAAAAUCGAUAUUUCAAGGAGAGGAAAUGCUGGGGAUUGUCUGGCAAACCCUGCUGCUCCAUGGGGCCAAGGAAUUGACAUGGAGAGGACGCUCAAACAGGUGCGGAUUCAAGGGCUGACUGGCAAUGUCCAGUUUGACCACUACGGACGUAGAGUCAACUACACGAUGGAUGUAUUUGAGCUAAAGAGCACAGGACCACGGAAGGUGGGAUACUGGAAUGAUAUGGAUAAACUGGUCUUGAUUCAAGAUGUACCCACUAUUGGCAAUGACACAGCAGCGAUUGAGAACAGAACAGUGGUUGUAACCACAAUUAUGGAAUCCCCCUAUGUUAUGUACAAGAAAAAUCACGAAAUGUUUGAAGGAAAUGACAAGUAUGAAGGAUACUGUGUAGACUUGGCAUCUGAAAUUGCAAAACAUAUUGGUAUCAAGUAUAAAAUUGCCAUUGUCCCUGACGGAAAAUAUGGAGCAAGGGAUGCAGAUACCAAAAUCUGGAAUGGGAUGGUAGGAGAGCUUGUUUACGGGAAAGCAGAGAUUGCUAUUGCUCCUCUGACGAUCACUUUGGUGCGAGAGGAGGUCAUUGACUUCUCUAAGCCCUUCAUGAGUUUGGGCAUAUCUAUCAUGAUCAAAAAACCCCAGAAAUCUAAACCCGGAGUGUUUUCCUUCUUGGAUCCUUUGGCCUAUGAGAUCUGGAUGUGCAUAGUCUUUGCCUACAUUGGCGUCAGCGUGGUCUUGUUCCUAGUUAGUAGGUUUAGCCCGUAUGAGUGGCACACGGAAGAGCCGGAGGAUGGGAAGGAAGGACCCAGCGACCAGCCUCCCAAUGAGUUUGGCAUCUUCAACAGCCUGUGGUUUUCCCUGGGUGCUUUUAUGCAACAAGGAUGUGACAUUUCACCCAGAUCCCUUUCAGGUCGAAUUGUUGGUGGUGUGUGGUGGUUCUUUACUCUCAUCAUAAUAUCAUCAUAUACUGCUAACCUGGCUGCUUUCCUGACGGUUGAGCGAAUGGUCUCCCCCAUAGAAAGUGCAGAAGACUUGGCAAAACAAACAGAAAUUGCCUAUGGAACACUGGACUCAGGAUCAACAAAAGAGUUCUUCAGAAGAUCAAAAAUAGCAGUGUAUGAAAAGAUGUGGACCUACAUGCGAUCCGCAGAGCCGUCUGUGUUCACUAGGACUACAGCGGAGGGCGUGGCUCGCGUCCGCAAAUCCAAGGGCAAAUUUGCCUUUCUGCUGGAGUCCACUAUGAACGAAUACAUUGAGCAGCGAAAGCCAUGUGACACCAUGAAAGUGGGAGGAAAUCUGGAUUCUAAAGGCUAUGGAGUAGCAACGCCCAAGGGCUCCUCAUUAAGAAAUGCUGUUAACCUCGCAGUUUUAAAACUGAAUGAACAAGGCCUCUUGGACAAAUUGAAAAACAAAUGGUGGUACGACAAAGGAGAAUGUGGCAGCGGGGGAGGUGACUCCAAGGACAAGACGAGUGCCUUGAGCCUGAGCAACGUAGCAGGCGUCUUCUACAUUCUGGUUGGCGGCUUGGGCUUGGCUAUGCUGGUGGCUUUGAUAGAGUUCUGUUACAAGUCCAGGGCCGAAGCGAAGAGAAUGAAGCUGACCUUUUCUGAAGCCAUAAGAAACAAAGCCAGGUUAUCCAUCACUGGGAGCGUGGGAGAAAACGGCCGAGUCUUGACGCCCGACUGCCCAAAGGCCGUACACACUGGAACUGCAAUUAGACAGAGUUCAGGAUUGGCUGUCAUUGCAUCGGACCUACCAUAAAAACCAAAAACAUAAUUGAGUGCCUUAAUUAAACUGUGUGGAUGACUGAUGGAAACGCAGCCCCCCUCCCCCCCCACUCCCAACCGAGGGACGCGUGGCUGAACAUCUCGGGUGGUGUCUCAUCCUAGCGUGGCAGUGGAUGUCAGCAACAGCAAACCUGCGCAUGAGCUCAGCUCGGAAACCCAAACUCAAGAUUUUUAUAUCAGGAAAACUCACAGUGUAGGGAUUUUUGUUGUUGUUGCUUUGGUUUCUUGGAUUUUGUUUUGGGGAGUGGGUGGGAGGGAACUGGGAUGGGGUGUAUUAACAGCAACAAAAUUUCACUCCAGUGGACUUAAAACAAAAACAAACUAAUCAGACUUGCCAGUUAGUGCGUUCAACUGUGAAGUGCUUGCUCAGAAAGGCCUUCGUCUCACGGAAAGGGAGUGAUACAUGUCAAGGAACAUGCUAACCUGUGUGUGCAGAACUGCCCAUAGAGGCAAUGGACGCAUCUCCAGCUGAGAAAACAAAUCUCUAAACUGUGAUAAGAAAAUAAUCAACAAACAUGUAAAUCCUGUGAAAAAAAUUUAAAGGAAGUAUUUACACUUACUUUGGAACAACAACAACAAACAAAACAAAUACCUGAAACAUGCUUGCUUUUUAACUGACGUAAAUUCAAUAGAGGACAACACAAUUCUUUUUUCUAACCAUCUUAGGGAACAAUACAUUGCAAUAAUUGAUAUAAAUGCCAUCACUGUAAUAAACCUUAGAGACUUUUUUUUUAAAUAUAAAAGUUGUUGGUCAUCUUCUUGUUUGCUGUAAUUUUCACUGUGUCAACACAAGUCGGUUCACAGAUUGCAUUUGUCUCACUACCAGGAGCAAAAAGUGAAGAAAAUGUCAACAUUAAAUCAUCUGUCAAGGUAGAAUCAAAAGAGACUACGGGUCGCUCACGUUAUUGCUAUUAUUUAUAAUCUCGUUCUGUGUACAAAAUUGUGGUUUUUUUGUACCUACCAAAAAGAAUAAAACAACAGAUGUUCUUACGAUAUCUACAGAGCUUAAAAGCUUUUUUUCCUAUUAUUAAAAAAGUCAUUGGAGAAAUUAUGAUACAAGGGGUUGUAGGAGUCAAGUGGUGGGCCAUAUUGGAAAAUGUAGCUAGCCCUAUAAUUUUUGCAUAGUAAGCUGUCUGUCUUUUACAGAUCUUUGAUUGUUAGAAGAUUAAAUUGUCAAAGAAGGAGUCUUUGAGUCCGGGAAUUAAUCAUUGCUCUAACAGCAACAUCCCCCGUAAUUGUGUAUUGGAAUUUUUACUUGAUUGUAUUUUGCUGCAUAAAACUAUGUGUCUUUUGAACUUCUCAUUCCUAUUUUUUUCCAUUACAUCUUUUGAAGGCACUAAAGCUUGGGGUAGGCCACAAAUGAACAAAUCAGUCCUUAGUCUUUGUUUUCACCUGAAAAUUGUGAAGAAAACUGUACUCUUAUUUAUUUAUAGAAAAUACUUUGCUAUGUAUGGAUUAAAGUGACAUGGUACAAAAGAAGGUUUGGUUUAUUGAAAAUAAUAAGUACCAUAAUACAAAUUAAAAACUGCAUAGUGAGAGAUCUUGGCAGAAAGCACAAUUUAGGAUGACUCUGAAAGUCUAGCCUUGAAGGAUGAGUGGAGUUUUGAAAGGAGGAGAAGGUGAUAAGAGCUUGGUGGGUGAGCAGUGACCAAAGUCGUGUGUGUCAAUGGCUUCUUGGGGAUAUGCAUGCCAUGAGACCAGCUGAAGAGAGUCCUGGCUGUGGUAUAAUGGAAGCUCAGGUGGAUACGGUGAAGGAUUGAUUUUUCUUCCAUCAACUUGUAAGACCUCCACCACUCUUGUGAUUUCCAUGUAGCAGAAAGAGCAAUCUUAGAAAGUACCUAUCUGAGAAGGCCUAUAUGGACUGUCCUCUCAGAGAAACUUGUUAAAUUCCUAAGCAGAGAAAGGGAGUCCACCUUAUAAGCUGGCGCUUGGUUAUCUCUUCAAGGACUCCUCUUACUGCUCAUCAUCUUCCCCCUCCACUAAAUGAGCCUCCAAAGCAGCACACAGAAUAGUGCAGAUACUACUUGCUGUCUCUAACUUAACCCCAUCUCCUCCACCUAACUCACACUCAUCCUUCAGCACUCAAAUCAUAGUUUACUUGCCCUGGGAGGAUUUCCAUGAAUCUCUACCGUGCCCUGCCUGUGAAACGGAGUGAGGUGCCAUUCUUAAUGUGUCUUUCCAUUCGCAGCACUCACCAUACUGCAGUGUAAUUGCCUGUGUACUUGUCUGUAAAACUACUAGACUGUAAGCUCUUUGAGGGCAGGGACUGUGUCUAUCUUGUUCACAGUUGUAUCCCCAGCACCCAGCACAGUGCCUGGCAUAUUGUAGGUGCUUAAUAAAUAUUUGUUGAAUGAAAGAAUGAAUUGAACUGAAUUAAUUAAACAGAAGCAGGAACACACUUUUUUUUUCAUUAAUGGUACCUAAGCAAGUAUACUAAGCAUAUUGCGGAUGGAAAUGAAAGCCAAAGGUUGGCUGCUUCCAGGGUUUUUUUCUAGAAUGCCAGGGGGGAAAAAAAAAAGUGGUUCUAAAAAAAAAAACAAUAGCAAGAAAGAAAGCUUUAAUCAGUUUUUUGGUUGGAUGAGAAGGUUCUCUAGAAUGAUACCCAGCUGUGGCUUAGCCAGGGAAAGAUGUGAUCACAAGGGACUUGGAAUAAGGAUUUAGUUGGAUUUUUAUAUAGACUUCUAAAGGUAGCUUGCAGUAAAGUCUGAGUGUAUUUGUGUUUUGGUUACAGAGUUAUUAUUUUUGUAGAAUAAAAAUAUAUUUUUCCAAACAGAAAAGCUUAAAUUUGCUAUCAGUAUAAAGGGUUACUUUCUGGAUUCCUGUGAGAUGAAUAGCUAUAAAAGUUGGGCAUGUAUUUUUUUUUCUUCUUUUAUAUUUUGGCAGUACUAGGGCUUGAAUUUAGGGCUUUAUGCUUCCUUGGCUAGUGCUUUAGUACUUGAACUACACUUCCAGCGCAGCUUUUGGAUGCUUGUUC